CUGUGUAUUGUAUUCAUACAACCCAUUCUUAUUCACAAUAAGCAUUAGCGGAGUACCAAUAAUCCUUACUGAACAAAGGGUAGACCACAACCACAUCUAGAGUCUCUCUCUCUCUCUCUCUUUCUCUCUUACACACACACACACAUACACACACACACUCGCAGAGAUACAGACUGAGUUUAAGAAAACAUAGACAAGCAUCAGUAUUUUCCAGGGAGUCUCCAUUAUUUCUGGCUUGGGGUCUCUAAUGGUUUUUCAUUGUAAUUGCUAUGAUGUCAGAGUGUCCGUCCGCCCUAAUGGCCUCCUAAAAACAACAACAAGGACAGAUUGGUUCCAUUCACUGGUUGUUGUCCGGGCAGAGAGACACAGAAGUCCAGCAGCUCAAAAAAUCUGCAAGAUCUUCAGCCAAAAAGGUGAGAAGUGUUUAUUUUUUUACACCCAUAAAGUAAAGCAGGACAGGUAUGAAGUGUUUAAAACUCACUGAAGACCUCUACUGCAGAGAUGUCUAAAUAAGGCCGAUUUAUAUCCUAGUUUGUGUAGUUUUGAUUAUACAGACUAACUGUGCUUACAGAGUGUGGCGUUCUCAGUACUAAUAUGGUUUAAGUAUCUUUCUGUGCAUGCAGGAAGAACUUUUAUGUCAGUGUUGAAUUUCUUAAUGGAAGUGACGCAUUCUGCAGUCAGGCUGGGAUGAGGUAAUUUCAGUUUUAGUGCAGUUAUAUGAGUUAUAGGAGAUGUGCAGAGUAAUUGAGCAGAUGUCUCCAACAGCAAAGCAAAGGAAAUGAUUCUUUAUUCUGACAGAACAAAUAUCUCCAUCUAUACUGGUGAAAAUUAUCAGUGAUAUAAUUGUUUUUGUUAUUUAAUAUGGAUCGUGACAAAAUGCACUUUUGAACCUUUUUUGUUUAUUUAGAAGUUUGCGUUAAUUGCCUCACUGAAAUCAACAUUUUUCACAGCAAAGGGGCCACUAGUGCUAUGUUGUAGUAGCCGUACUGAACACUAGGGGAAGUUAUGAGUUGUGCUGAAUGUUACAGUAUGUUGGUGUGAAAUCCUCUGACAGCUAUUGAUGAUCAUCAAUCUCUCUUUUUAUCCAGUACUAGAGAGAAUACCUUUAGGAAAUCUUCACGUGUAAGAGGAGAAACUGAACGUCUGGCUUUGCUCAAUUUGCUCAAAGCAAAAACAAAAAGUUAAACCUUUGUCAAAAACUCGAACUGCAUCUCACCUGGUUCAGUGAGUCACUUUGAGAAACUGAUAAUAUGAGUAAUUCUCUCUCUCCCAUUAAUUCCCAGCAUGCAUCUCCAUCCCCUCUCCCUCUCUGUCCUCCUCCUCAUCGCCGGGGCAGCAGUGAUGUGUGUUGCUGUGACAACCACACUUCAAGGUUUCCGAGGAUGUGCGGUGAGAGAGUUUUCCUUUGUGGCCCAGAAGCCUGGCUGCAAGGGACUGCGCAUCACUACUGAAGCCUGCUGGGGGCGCUGUCACACCUGGGAGGUAUCAUUUGUUAACAAAGCCAUCAGAAACUAUAAGCUUAGAUUGAGAUCCUGCUCUUUCCCGUUAUUGUAUCUACAUGCUUUUGUAAUGCGGGAAUAGCUGAGAAUCAAAUGAAUGAUUGAUGAAGCGGGACAGUACCCAAACCAUAAGUGAGCUGAUGACCCAUAUACGUCAUUGUCACAUAAAAUACCAAAACCCUUCCAAGCAGGGUUUGGUUUCUGAACUUUCAUUUAAUCACUUCAGUUUUACAGGACCUUAACUCUUGCUGUCAGUGAUUGAAAAAACAACUUUAGAGGAAUAAGAACUCCAGAUAGAGAAGUGUUUUGAAUAAAAUAAUCUGUAUGUACACAACACAACAACUCAAGAGCUCAUAAAUUGAACGUGUCUUCUAAAAAUCUGCCUUAUCUCAAGAGUCUCUUUAGUCUUUCUUAAGGCAUCCUUAAGUUCUCCACAGCGACGAAGGUAACAUCACUGAAAAAAAGCCCUUUUACUCAGUUUAGCUUUUCAACAAAUAAAUAUGCUUUCACUACCAUGAUUAAAGCUCUUGUGAGGAACUUUCAGUUAUUUGUUGGCUCCUUCUGUAGACAAAGUGGUCCCUGCCUAUCUUGUUCUCUACUUACUCAAAUAUUUAUUUGAAACAAAGCCCUUGUCAUAAACAUUUUAUGCGGAAAUUGUAAAAAACAGAGCUUUUUCUCCAGCUGCUCAGCUUACACCUCCCCCCUCAAACUGGUUUUAGGCAUGAAAAGUUACUACAUAAAAAUAAUCAAUCAUGUUGCUGAUAGUGUUCUUUGCUUUCAGAUAGAACAAAAAGGCAUUAGCAUGAAUAUCAGUCCAUUUCUUGAAUCUCAAAAAACUCUUUGUAGGAGCUUUAAGGAAGAUAGUGUCUUUUUAAAUUCAAGUGUAUAUACUUGAUACAAUAAAGAAAGACUGAAAAUCUACAAUGAUAAAAAGCUUUUAAGAUGUUGCAGUCACUGUCAUUGUCUUGAUGAUGUAUUAUCUAAAGACUCAUUUGUUGAUUGAGAGCAAAGUAACAUGUUGUCCACUUGCUUGUGUGUGUGUGUGAACCCUGCAGAAACCUGUUCUGGAGCCUCCCUACAUCCACCGCCAUCAUCGAGUGUGUACAUACAGUCGUACACGUCACAUGACCGCCCGCCUACCCGGCUGCCAGCCCAAUGUGUCCCCUCUGUACCACUACCCCAUAGCGCUUCACUGCCACUGCUCUGUCUGCUCCACUCAGGACACCGAGUGUGAGACCUUCUGAUGACCAGGACGCCCAUUAAUGUUGUCAGUAGUUAAGUUUUUAUUGAUGAAUUUCAAUAAAAUUAUUCAAC